AUACUUCGCGGUAUUCGUUUGUCGACGAUGCAAGUGUUGGAACUUUGAUAAAAUCUACAGAGAGCAAAAACACACGGAAAAAUACCAAUUGGAGUAUAGCGACUUUUAAUGACUGGAGAGGAGAACGGAUGAUUAAAACAAAGUGUGCUAUUCCUGAAUUGCUGAACUUUACGGCUAUGGAUAAAAAUCAGUGGUUGAGCAAAUUUGCAAUUGAAACUCGCCGGAAAGAUGGAAAACCUUAUCCUCCACGAACACUGUACAUCUUAUGUGUCGGUUUAUUGAGGUGUCUCAGAGAAAAUGGUGUCAAUUUGAACUUUUUAGAUGAACGUGAUUCCAGGUUUUAUGAAUUCAGACGCGCGCUGAGUGCAAGAAUGAUAGAGCUUACCGCUCAAGGGGUGGGAACUACAACAAAACAAGCCGAGCCCAUAUCUAAAGAAACAGAAAAACAUCUCUGGGAUAAGGGGCUUCUAGGGAAGACCACCGCAAAAUCCUUGACCAAUACCAUGUUCUACUAUAAUAGUAAGCUAUUUGGAUUACGAGGGGUCGACGAGCACAAACAUCUAAACACAGAUCAGUUCGACCUUGGAGUAGAUCAGAGAGGGAAAUACAUAACUUUCAACGGGAGGGCUAGUAAAACAUACAAAGGUGGACUUAACCAACGCCAUUUAUCCGCCAAGAACAUCAAACACUACUUCCAGAAUAAUGAGCUUUAUGCGAUUUACGAAUACUACUUCCAGUUGGUCGGAAGUUUUAAAGGAAAUUGUUUUUACCGAAGACCGUUAGAUUCGAAAAAUGGUGUAAAAUUUGGUGAGCAACCUAUUGGAAUAAACAAGCUUUCCUCCAUCAUGAAAACCAUGUGUGCUGACGCAGGCGUUGAGGGAUAUUUCACGAAUCACUCAGGAAAACGUACUUGUGCCACAACGUUGUACCAAGCGGGAAUACCCGAGCAAGAAAUCAUGUACAGAACUGGACACAGGUCGGUUGAAAGUGUCAGGUAAUACAAAAGGGCUGCAGACGAAAUGAUGAAAGAUAUUUCAAAUGUUUUGGAACCGGAGUCGAUACCCGCUAAAAAAAUGAGAUGUGAAACCGUC